AGCAGCUAUCGAUAAGCUAUCGGAUGUCAUCGAGUGGUGUGGGUAUUGUUUUCAUUUAUUUUCAACAGCACACGUGCAACCAAAAAAUAUAAUAACAAAUAAAAAUGCUGCGAAAACAGGCCAGACAGCGAAGGGAAUACCUGUAUAAUAAAGCGCUCACUGAGCGCCUCAAGUCCAAACAAAAAAUCCAGGAGACCGUUGUGAAAAGCAUAAAUGAAAACAAGGCGAUUGGCUCCAAAAAUGUGAAGAAAAGUCUCACCGCCUACAAGUCGCUGAAAUACGCUGAUGAGGGUGUCGAUGACCGCACCGUCAAUGAUGAGUAUCACUAUGCCGGAUGCGAGGAUCCGAAAAUAAUGCUGACCACCUCGCACAACCCCUCGUCGAGAUUGAAAAUGUUCAUGAAGGAACUGCGGCUGAUUAUUCCAAAUGCGCAGCAGAUGAACAGAGGAAACUACCAGCUGACUACACUAAUGCACGCCUGUCGUGCCAAUAAUGUAACCGAUUUCCUAAUUAUCCAUGAGCAUCGUGGCAUCCCGGACAGCCUUGUGGUCUGUCAUCUUCCGUACGGGCCAACUGCCUUCUUCAACAUAUCCGAUGUGGUUAUGCGACAUGAUAUACCCGACAUCGGACACAUGAGCGAGCAGAAGCCACACUUAAUUUUUAAUAACUUUAAAACGCCCAUUGGCCUGAGAACUGUUAAGAUACUCAAACACUUGUUCCCGGUGCCCAAGGAGAACUCUCAAAGAGUUAUGUCUUUCCUUAACCACAAUGACUCGAUUAUAUUCAGACAUCAUCAGUACAAAUAUGUGAACAAGGAGUUGGAGCUCAGCGAAGUGGGGCCCAGAUUCUCACUGAAGCUGUACCAAAUUAAGCUCGGCACUUUGGAGAACAUCAAGGCAGCUGACACGGAAUGGAUUAACCGACCUUAUAUGAAUACCUCGCAGAAGAGGCUCAUCUUUUCUAACGAUCCGGGCAUAAUAAAUAAGGACACCGAGGCUUAGAUUAAGAGAUACCGAACGAUUUAAGAAAAAUAAAUGCGUUUUACUUUUAUAAUGUAA